AUGCGGGCCUUGAGCCAGGAAGAUGCCGAAAGGCUUAUCGUCGAAAUCCCCGAGGUUGACAGGCUUCGUUCCUGUUCCAAGCUAUACAGUGCGAAACCGCAUCUCGCCGGUGACCUGCAGCACGCGGAACGCAUCCGAGAUCUGUGGCGCUCUUACGGCAUCCCCACCGAACUUGUCCGAUACGACGUGUUGCAGAACUUUCCUAAGCACUCGGCCCUAAAUCUGCAUCAUGGAGAUGGCUCGAUCGCCUUCAGUGCGAGUCUAGUUGAGGAUGAGGUAGUCGAAGACCCAACUUCAGCUCCGCGGAACGGGCUGCCGGCCUUCUUCGGGUUCGGCGCGCAUGGCACAGUGAGCUCUAAACUCGUCUAUGCAAAUUUCGGCACGUUAUCAGACUUCCAGUUACUCGAGUCGAGAGGCAUAUCUGUCAGAGGAAAGGUCGUGAUCUGCAAGUACAGCAAAGUCUUCAGGGGGUUGAAAGUCCGAGCAGCGGAGCAAUUCGGUGCAAUAGGGGUGAUCAUAUACAACGACCCCCAAGAAGACGGGGAAUACACCGUCAAGAACGGGUAUAAGGCAUAUCCUCAUGGUCCGGCAAGACAUCCGAAAAGCAUUCAGCGCGGCAGCGUCGAUUUCUUCUCCGUCUCUGUUGGCGACCCCACCACGCCGGGCUACCCAAGCUUGCCAGGCGAAGACACGGAACGACGGGAUCCAAAACACGCCAUUCCUUCUAUUCCUGCUCUGCCAAUAUCUUUUAGUGAUGCAAUACCAUUCUUGGAAGCGUUGAACGGCCAGGGGUUGAGUCCCGAGGAGCUUGAUCAGUCAGGGAGCGAUUGGAGGGGGGCUUUGGAUGGUAUUAAUUAUUGCACAGGCCCUAGCAAAGUCGACGUCACGCUAUGCACCGAAGGAGACUACCGUUACUCUCCAAUAUACAAUGUAAUAGGAACUAUUGAAGGUGUAACGGAUGAAACUGUCGUCUUAGGUAACCAUCACGACUCAUGGUGCUGUGGCGCCGUUGACCCUGUGAGUGGAAGUGCGGCAAUGAACGAAGUAGCAAGAGGGCUUGGCAGUCUUAUAGAGAAGAGUUGGAAACCGUACAGGAAAAUUAUUCUAGCUUCUUGGGACAACGAAGAAUACGGGCUUGUAGGAUCCACCGAGUUCGGCGAACAUCACGCAGAAUGGUUGACGGAGAAUUGUGUCGCUUACAUCAAUGUGGAUGAGGCCACAAAUGGUGGUAACAUUCUCGGAGCUUAUGGAAGCCCGUUACUGGCUCAUGUCCUUCGCGAAGCAGCAAGUGCGAUACCUUCACCGGUUACUGAAGACAAGACAGUAUACGACGAUUGGCUACAUCUUCAACAAGAAACUUCACAUCCGCUUGAUCAACCCAAUUUGACAGUGAUGGGCACCGGAAGUGAUUAUACAGUUUUCUUUCACCAUCUCGGCAUUUCUUCUUUAGAUAUGCUUUUUAAUCAGAAGGGAACAGCCGUCUACCCAUAUCACUCUAACUACGAUAACUACUACUGGAUCGACAAAUUUGGGGAUCCGGGCUUCAAGAAACAUCUAGCCAUGGCCAGGCUCUGGGGUCUUCUGACUGUCAAGCUCGCCGGAACACCAGUGUUGCCCUUUAGAGCUUCCGAUUACGCAGACGCGCUGAAACGACACGUCAAGUCUCUUAGUGAGAAAGGUAUAGCUGGAUUAGUUCUUGAGCCAUUGAAAAGAUCAACCUCCAGGUUUGAGACAGCUACGAAGGCCUUUGAUAAAAAUGUCCAUCGCGCAGAAUUGGUGACAUCUCGCCGACGGUUGCCAGAGAUCAGCAAGGUCUACAUGAAGCUCGAAAGGUCAUUCUUACUCACAAAAGGUGGGCUACCCGGACGGCCUUGGUAUAAGCAUUUGAUUUUCGCACCCGGGUUGUGGGCAGGUUACGAUGGGGUUGUUUUCCCAUGCAUCACCGAAUGCCUUGAAAACGAUGAUAUACAAGGUGCGAACGUGUCGGUUCAGGAGGUUGCCGAAAUCAUAGACCAGGCUUGCUCCAUUUUGCAUAAUGGGUGA